AUGGUAGAUCACCGACUAUCUUCGACCUACAAACUCCGACGUCACCGCUUUACAGCAGCAGUGGUUUCAAACCUCAAAAUCCCCAAUGUUAGCACCUCUUUCUCCUACUUGGAAAUAUUUUCAAUCAUGAUGCUACAGACUCAUCUAUAUCUUGCAUUUCUAUCUCUAAAUUCAUUAGUGUCUGCUCACUGGACAUACGACCGUCUCAUUGUCAACGGCGAAGCCAUAGGCGAGCCCUGGCAACACGUCCGCCAUCACACCAAUGGCAAUGUUCCGCUCCAAAAUGUGAAUUCCACAGACAUGAUUUGCAACAUCAACGGCCAAUCUGGCGCGACGACAGAGACAUACCCAGUAGUCGCCGGCGAUACGCUGGGCUUCACCAUCGCAGAUACCUUCGGGCAUCCAGGUCCGCAGCAAGUGUACCUCUCCAAAGCACCAGGAGAUGUGAAAGAGUACGAUGGCAGCGGGGAUUGGGCGAAGAUAUAUACGUUGUCGUAUACCUUAAAUGGGACGGGUGGUGGGAGUGACGGGAUCCUGAAGUGGGCAACGCACCGCGCGCAGACGUUUGAGUUUAAGUUACCCAGCGAGACGCCCGCUGGAGAGUAUCUGCUGCGCGCCGAGGGAUUGGCGUUGCACGCUGCGCACAAGGCAAAUUCUGCGCAGUUUUACGUCGCGUGUGCUCAGAUCAAGGUUACUGGCGGCGGAGCGGGUGUUUUAGAGCCCACAAUUAAGUUUCCGGGAGGGUAUAAGUGGGAUUCGACGGGGGUGUUGAUUCCUGAGUUCUGGAGCAAGAUGACGAAUUAUACGAGCCCUGGGCCUCAGCUUUGGCCUAAAGGUACGCAGGAGGAUCACGUACUUGAUGGUAAAGUAAAGGUCUGA